CAAACAAAGGCUAUAUAUAUGUGUGAUGAAAUUUGAUCAUAUCCCUGCUUGCAAAUCAUCAGAGCUGAAAAGUUAAAAGUAAAAUUUGAUCAUCAAAGUUGAAAAUGUCAGGAGCACAAGGAGCUCAGCCGCCGGGGUCACAGACGGCAACAACGUACAAGUCAAUUCCGGGAGGAGAGAACAAAAGCAAGACAGAGCUGAAAUCCCAACAGGACCAAGGUGGCGUUCAGAUUGACAAGCUCCAAGACAAGGUCGAGGAUGCUGCUGGCAAAGGUGGCCCCGUCUUUGGCGCCGGGAAAGACCCAAAUAAGCAAGACCUUGGUGUCACCGGCAGUGGCUAAUUAUAAUCAAUAGCUUAAAUAGGCAGCUUGUGUGUAUGUGUGUUAAUUAUAUAGCCUAGGGUUAAUUAAGUGUGUUUGAUCAGCAUGUAUGGUGCUGGAGUUUUGGUUAAUUAUGUGUCUCCAUAUUAUCUAAUUAGUUUCCAGCGUUUGAUAAUUUAAUAAAUAUUAUUUGUUACGUAUA